UCGAACGCCAGACGCAGUUUCCGAGAGACUCUCCUGAAGGAAAUAAUUUUUUUUUUUUCGACCAUUUCCAGCCCUUAAAUCGGAGUCCAUGCCCCUCCUGCAGGGUCAGCCGUUCAGGCUCAUCAAGCCCCCCGAUCAAGCGGAGUCUGGCGGGGAUCUGUUCGUGAUACAGCACACGGGAGAGAAGUUUGUGUCGAAAAGCGACUAUGAAGACAGACUGGCUUUAUACAGUCAGAGUAUCUGGACUUGCCAGUGCACAGGCAAGUCUGGCCUCACACACCAAGAAGCAUGGACCAGCGAGGCCAAAGUGCGAGUGCUCCUCAAUGCAUCUUUCCCAUCACCCCUCGUGAAACCCCUCCUUCAGAUGAUACACCACAGUACUUUGCCUCUUGAUCAGCUUGUAGAGGCAACUUCCAGCCUUUGUUACUCUCGUUUCCAUCAAGGAGAGGAGCUAACUCUUUUGGGGGCUCACCCAGUACAAGUACGUGUGACAGGGUCAAAGGAAGCUCCUGUACAAAUUAAAACAGAAAAUGGUGCCGCUGAGGACGAACACACAGCAAAGGAGGCCCCUCAGUCUCCGACACCCGCCACCCCCAAAGUUGCGAAUGGAUGCACACCGCCAGAAAAUGAAAAUUCCGUUGUUAAUGGCACAGGAAAUGGGGUGACAGAGAGUGAAGAGACCAGCCCAAGCAGUGGUAAAGGGAAGGAGGACGCAGCUGGAAAGAAGAAACUGUUGCCAUUGCUCUACGAUGUUUCCGUCAUUGGGGAAGAUAGGGACAUCGUAGACGUUCCUGCAAAAAAUCUGCAGCGAACAUAUAAAAUUCCUCCCAAAGAACAUUUUCGUCUCUUUAUAAGAGCCAAUGCCAUCCGACAACGGUCGAGCUGUUACACCCCUUGGAACGUGACAGACGAACUUGUAAAACAGUACAACAUCCAGGGUAAGUUGGCCUCCAUAUUCACGCAGCCUAGAAUGGGUGCUGUCACCAAGAAGAGAAAGUUGGAAGGCCAGGGUGAAGAGAAGGUGAAAAAGCCAAAGUCAGAGAAAACAGAGGAAACAGUGAAAAAGCCUAAGCCCAAGACAGACAAGGAGGCAACUAAAAAAGUGAAGCGUGACCCUGAUGCACCCAAACGUAAGCCUGGCCCUAAGCCAGGGUCAAAGCGGACUCCUAAGGUGUCACCCAAGGUGUCGCCCAAAGCAGAAAGCCCUGUGAAAACUCCCCCCAAAUUACAAACCCAAGUAAAAUUGGAGUCAAGUGACAGUGAUGACAAUGUGUCCCUUGCGGUGCUUGCAAGUCGUUCACCAAAGAUGAAAAACGGUAACUCAGAAUCUCCGAAAUCCAGUACACCUCCAGAACAAAAGACGCCCCCAGGCAUUGUGCCCUUGGUCAAGAGUGAGAAGAGAGAAGUACCAGAAGAAGGCAAGGAAAAUUCCAAGAAGAUGAAGCAAGCGACCCUCUUUGACAUGAAGACGCCUAAGAAAGUGGGUGCCAAAUCCCCAGGUUCCAAAGCAACCCCAAGAAGAUCGCCUCAAAAGAGAGAAAUAACAGCAGAAUCGGUUAUGCGCUUACCUCUUAUGAAGAAAAUGGUGAAUGACUACAAACAUUUCAAAGGAGUGCAAGGGGGAGGCCGCAAACUGGUCUACACCAUGGAUCAGGUUCUGAAGAAACUCUCCAUCCAGCAAGUAGAGGUAAUCCCUGAUGAGGCUAUAAGAAAUGAUCUGAUGAAGAGACAUGAGCGCAUUAUUGAAAAACGCAUUUUAACCAAGAUGGCGCCGGAGGAGAGAGAAGAAUAUCUAAAGCAAAAGGCCAGGGAAGUGGCUGAGAAGCGUAUCCAGACCAAGCGCGAGUUGAAGCGCAAGAUUGAGGACAAGAUUCUCUCUGACACCAAACCGCUUCCUCAGCCAAAGCUCGUCUCCACCCCAGAGGAAAUUCCAAACUCACUCUUUGGAGAUGUGGCUAUGAUUGUAGAGUUUAUCGACUGCUAUAGGGAAAUACUUGUACCUGAGAAGAAGAUGAGUAUUACGUGUAACAAGCUCCUACAAGCGCUUUCUGCAGGAACGAAGGGUUACAAGAUUAUUGCUGAAGUCAUAAGCCUUCUGCUGCAUGUAAUUCUUGAUGAUGAGAGAUUUGGCGAGAGAAAGGAACUAGGUGUUAAGAUCAAGGACCUGACCAUUCAUUACCAAACAGCCAUAGAGCUUGCACGACUCUGCCUUCGUAAAAAGGAGACCUCAGAUGCCGUCAGUCAGCACUCUGACGAUGACAUGGGAGAGGAGCAGAAUGAGCUGUCUGAUGGCUUGCUGGAGAAACUAGAGUCCUGCGAGCUGUAUGAACUCCAAACCGAAGACAUUAUCAUGGUUCUGAAAGCCUUGUGCCAUCAUGCCAUGGCCUCGUAUGCAGCAAUCGAACAUGUGGAAGAAUUGGAAGAGAAAGUGUACUCUCUCUACAAGGAGCGUGCACAGAUAAAGAAACAAACAUUGAAGGAGGAGAUGGAAAAGAAGAAGCAAAAAAAGGAGGAACGCAUAAAGAAGAAGACUGACAAAUCAAGCAAUACCAAAAAGUCCCCGGGCCGUCCCAAAGGCUAUAGCCCCAAAAAGAAAGCCGUCACCCUGGAUUCCUUCUAUGGGAAGAAAGAGGAAGAGGAGGGAAGUGGACCAGACAUAAUAUCUAGGGUCAAGAACAGGCGACUGACUGCCGAGGAGUCCAGAAAGGAGAAAGAACUUUUGAAGCAGCAGGAACGCGAGCAGUUAAUGAAGGAAGAAGAGGAGAGGAAACGAGAGAUGGUUGUCCUGGAGUACGAGAAAGUGCUGAAUCAGAAGGAGUGUCUGAUCCGCUUGCAGCCCUUAGGGGUGGAUCGAAAUCACGACCGAUACUGGAUCUUCAAGUCCAUACCAGGCCUCUUCAUUGAGAAGGGCUGGGUGGACUCCAACACCACGUAUUGUACAAAGCCCAAAUCCCCAAUGAAGGGAACCGCCAGCUCGCCCUCCAAAAUGAAUAUCAAGCAGGAGUCCGAGUCAGAUUCGGACGACAAGCCUCUCUCAGCCAUAAAGCAGGAAUUAGCCACUACACCCCAGAAAAAGGUUAGCAGUACAGGACGUCCCCGGGGCAGGCCCAGACUGAACAAGCCCACUGGUUUUAUUGCUAACAGUCCAAAUAAUGCACAGGUUGGCAGUGCAGCACGUCCUAGGGGAAGGCCGAAAAAGAUCAAGCCUUCUGAUUUGAAUGUUAACAGUCCAAAUGCUGAACAGGGUAGCUCUGUGGGAAUGCCUGUCAGACCCAAUGCCGAACAGGGUAGCUGUGCUGGAACAACUGUCCAACCAAGCAAUGAGCAGGGUAGCUAUGCAGGAACACCUGUCAAAACAAGCGAUGAGCAGGGUAACUGUGUGGGAACCCCCGUCAAGCCAAGUGAUGAGCAGAGUAUGUCCGCCGACCUGACCCCCAAAGUUGAGCCCAGUGAUUUGGUGCCGAGUGUUAGCAGUCCCAGUAGAACUCCUCUGAGAGGUACAGGACGUCCCCGGGGAAGGCCUAGAAAGAUCCAACCCUGUGAUUUGACGACGGGUGCUAACAGUCCCAUUAGUACACCCGGUAGAGGUACUGGACGUCCCCGGGGAAGGCCCAGACAGAACAAGCCCACUGGUUUUAAUGCUAACAAUCCUAAUUACGUGCAGGUUAGCAGUACGGCAAGUCCCCGGGGAAGGCCCAGGCUGGUCAAACCACCGGAUGAUGAUGAGGAUGACACAUUCCCUUCAGUUGGACAGAAUAUGUGGUUCCAUUACGAUUCUAUAGAAGAGGUGGACAAACUCGUGGAAUCCUUAGCUGAGAAAGGUGCUCGAGAAGCUCCUCUGAAGACAUCCAUUUUAAACCACAGAAAACAUUUAGAAGAAUCUAUAGCAAAACCAAAAGAAGACCUAGAUGAACUCGAGGAUGGUGCCAAACAGCUGAUGGAGUCCCUGAGGGAAGACAUCAUUCAGAUUGAGCGGGAGCUGACUGAAGGUUGGCUCGGGUCUGUGCCCGACUUCGACGAGUGGGAGAAAAAGGCCCAAGAAGCAUCAACACAGCAGGAGUUAUCCGAGUGUUUGGUGGAGGUCCAGCGCCACAUACAGUUCAAGUAUCUGAAGGGAAUCAUGGCCCCAAUUAAGAAGCCCAUGCCGUCAGAAAAUCCGGAAUUGCCCACAGAAUACGAGGAGUUGGAGAAUCCUGCAGUUCAACAUUGGAGAGAUUCAGUGAUGAACAGCCAAACCCUGUCCCGGUUACACCUGCUUGUGAGCAUGUUUGAUUCGUGCAUAAAGUGGGAGAAAUCCAUAGCUACAAAGAAAUGCAAAGUGUGUCGUCACCAAGACACCAGUAUACCACUCGCCAUCUGUGACCAAUGUGAAGGUAGCUACCACUGGAACUGUAUGCGUCCACAACUGCGUGAGACGCCACCUGAGCCCUGGCUGUGUCCUGCUUGCCAGCCGAAAAAGAAUAACAGAGUCAACAGAGAGAGAAGUAAAAAUGGACAAGGAGAUGAUGAACCUGAAGUCCGAGGUGAAAUUAAGCAGGAGAAGAUUUGUAGAGUGUGUGAGCGUGGCUUGGGCCUCAUCUUUUGCUGCAAGUGUCCUGCUGCUUACCAUUCAGAGUGUCAUGACCCACCCCUCCAGACACGAGCUAGGAAGGAUUGGGAGUGCGUUGACUGCAAAAGUGCUUCUUCCAAACAGAAGACACGAUCUGGGCGAUCAGUCAGCUCAAGAACACCAUUCCAGGCAGAAAAAGAAACGACUAAGGACAGCAAAAGUCGGUCAAGAAGCGGAGAGAAAUCGAAGAAGCGAAGCGGCGGGAGCAGCAAGGGAGGCAGUGGUGGGAAACCAUCCUUGAGGCGUUCAGCGAGAGCACGGUACACAGACUCUGAAGAGGAAGAGGAAGACGACGAUGAUGAAGAUUACGAGGAGCGUCCAUCAAGAUCAAGGGGCAGCAGGAGGAGUUCACGAAAAGCCGGAAAGAAGAAUUACAGAAUUGUUAGUGAAGAGGAGGAGGACGAGGAAGAGGAAGAAGAGGAGGAGGGUGAGGAGGAAGAAGAAGAGGUGGAAGAGGAGGAGGAGGAGGAAGAGGAAGAUUAUGAGAUGAGCAAUUCAUGCGUGUACUGUGGGUUAGGACCCAAUAAGAAAAGUGGUCAUGCACAGCUGCUGCCUUGCAUGACCUGUGAUUCCGCUUUCCACCUCCAAUGUGCCCGUAGUCGUGGCCUAACUGCUUCCUCCAAGAAUUUGGCUUCAUACCAGUGCUCUAGAUGUUUAAGGAAUGGUAGAAGUCCAUCUAAAUCUCCCAUGAAAAAGGCCAAGAAUGCUGAGGAAAAGGAAGAUGGAAAGGAGAAUGACGAAGAGGAGGAGGAGGAAGAGGAAGAGGAAAAUGAAGGUGCAGAAGAAGAUGAGGAAAAUGAGGAUGCAGAAGAGGAAGAUGAGGAGGUGGAGGAAAAUGAUGAGAAUGAUGCCCAAGACGAGGAUGACGACAAUGAAGUUGGAGAAGAGGAGAUGGAUGUAGAUGAAGGGGAAGACGGAGAUGCUGAGGAUGAGGAGGAGGAAGAGGGUGAAGACAUUGAGGAAGACAGUGAGAGGGAACAAUAUGAGAUGGGGGAGGACGUGGUGGAAGAGGAAGAGGAGGAAGACGACGAUAAUGAGAAUGUGGAGUCAGAAAGUGAAGAUGAAUAAUAAUUCACCAGUGAGUUAACAUAAUUAAGCAAAGAGGAAAAAUACGGUCUGAUGUUUCAGUGCAUCUCCGAAGGCAAAGAUGUCAUCAUGAUUUUUUUUGUAGACUAAUCCCCAGUCAUCAACACAGCUGUUUUUCCUCACUCUUCUUCUUCUUCUUUGGCUCUUCUCUUCUUUCUUUUUCUUUCUUUUCAUCCCUCUUCUCAUGUCCUCUUUUCGUUUCUCUUUUGGCUCUUCUUGUCUCCUUCUUUUCCUUCCUCGUUUCGUUCUUUCCAACGGCCUACAAGAUCUGUGUCAGGGGAUCUACAUCAGGUAGAAUGUACUUAGAAACAACAGUGAGAAACUGUCACUUUGUAGAUCAUCAUCAUUGAUCUGUAAGUUUUUUUUCCCCCCCAGUCAGAAGGCUGUUAGUACCAAUAAGUUCCAAGGGGAAACUAUGUAUUGAUUAGACAUAUUUAGACAUAUAUCAGGGUCUGGAAUAGCUAGUAAACUCCAUUGUAGCUCGUAGAUGUUAUGGGAGGUACCUGUUUCAUUUAUGGAAUAUCUUUCACUCUCUGCCUUCCUUUUAAUUGUGGCAGUGCAGUGUAAUAUGUAUACUUUUGUUAGGCAGAGGCAUUCUGUUGCAGGAAAAGCUGUCAUCUUUUAACAAUAAGUAAAGAAGAGACUUUUAUAUAUGCAUUUAAAGGCAUUGAAGUAUUGGCACUUAUAGAACUGUAUUAACUUUUUUUCAUUAUGAUCUUUGUUAUCUUCACCAAACAGGUUUUCAUUGUAAUGUUUAAAAAGGUUCCCAAACUAUUUAAAAAUAUAUGUACAUACACAUACAUAUAGAUCUAUUUUAUUUAGGAGAAAGGAAGGAAAUGUUUAAGAAGCACUUAUUCGCUGUGUAUGCAAAAACAGCUGAACUACAUGAGACAACCAGACCCUGCUUGUAACCUGUGGUAAAGAAGUACCACGAGUGAUAGCUUUAUCUCUCUCGUUAGGAGAAUUCUGUUGUAACACCUUUUCUAUGUGAAUAUUUUGCCGAGUGUCCAACUGCAAAUAUUAUCACAUUCCAAAACUGUGGAUUAGGAGUUAAGUUAUGGGUAGAUAGUUGUCAGGUAUGAUGGUAGCUAUAUAUUAUAUAUAUAUUCAUCUACUAAUGCUGAAAUGUUGAAUUAUAAGAUAAUGAUAGUAAUAAUAAUGAUAAUUAUAAUGAUGAUGAUGAUAAUGUUAAUUAAAAAACAACUAAGAAACACCCUCCAUAUCUCAAUGUGGCCCUUAUAUACUGCUUCCAACUUAGGAAAUAAUUAGUGAAAGUGUUCUGUUGAACUUUCCUCUGUACCUAGUUCCCCUCCCCCUCUCCCCAUUUUCUUUGUCCCCAGUUACGGUACCCUUUUUCCUCGUAGAUUAAUGUCACUUGUGAUUUAUUAGAUUUGUAUUGUUUUGUUGUUUCAAGAAAAAGAUGUUCUGGUUUUGUUUUGUUUUCUGUUUUCUUUCCUUCGUACUUUUUGUUUUUUUCCUCUUUAUGGUCUGUCCUCACCUUUUGUCCUAUUUCUUUGCAGUGUGCAUUAGUAAAUUGAUAUCAUCAUGUUUUCUUCUCCUCCAUUUGGUCCUCCUUUCUUUAUGUCCUUUCUGCCUCCUUAUCCUCUAUUUGCCUUAUUCUUCCUAUCAGCUUCCUCUUCCUCUCCUCUCCUUCUUCCCUUUUUGGAUCCUUCCAUCUGUCUCUUUUCUUUCUUCCUCCUCCUUCUCCUUCUCCACCUCUUCUCCAUUUCUUCCUUCCUCCCUCCC